AGAUUUCCACUCACUUCCUAGAGGUUCUCCGCCCACUGACUUACACUUUAUCUAUGAAUCGGUCCUGGGAAGAGAUAUUCAUGGAGAAUUGUGGAUCUGAACGACUUUUCUUGUUAUCAAUUGCCUCAUCGGUUGCUCUUGUUCCGUUAUCAUCAUUGUUCUUCUCGGCGAGUGUCGCGUUUUACCGGAAAAGGAAAAUUUUUCACCCAAUGUUUUCAUUUUGUUUCUUUUCUCUUCUCCUGCUUUAUUAUUCCUCGACUACAUUUCUUGCGAUUCGAAAUAUAACUUUUUCAUUUUAUGGUGAAAACUAUGGAAAAGCGCCUAGAAUUGCCGAUCAUGUGGUCAUAAACUGCGAGAGGUUUUAUAUGGCAAUUAGUUAUUUCAUCCCUCCAUUGAUUGCAAUAGGAAUUAUUGAACGUAUUUUUGCCACGGCUUUUUCAAGAUUUUAUGAAAAAUCAAGAUAUUGGAUGACGCUUGGUUACGCAUUGGUUUUUGCGUGUAUUUUGGUGUAUAUUGAAUUUGCAAAUCGACAUGUGAUGAUGGCAACAAUUCCAACAAGAAAUAUUCAAGUUCUGUUCGCGAUCAUCUGCUCCUGGUCACUGAUCCUUUUGUUAUUUAUCAACCGUUCAAAGUCGAAAUCUGGAAGAGCAAAAUCGGCACUUUCUGAAAGAUAUCAAGUCAACGAAAACUUGAAAGCAUUGAGGAUUCAUAUUCCAGUUGUAUGCGUUGACACUGGCAUUCAGAUAAUGUUUCUCUGCUCUGAUAUAUUUUGGAAUACUGCGCAGGUGUUGAAUCUCAACUAUUGCUAUGACGACAAUAUAUACUUGCAUAAAUUCGUAGUCUUCAGAUUGAUUGGCUUCAUCCUUCAAUACUUCAUACCUUUCAUAAUCCUUCACCGCUUCAGUCAAAUGUGUUGUAAUUCACUUCGUCGUCGUCCAGUAAGACGAUCUCAUCCAAUAUCUCCAUCCCCUGGGACAAGUCCCUCGUCUGUAGUCACCAUCCAGAACGUAUUCGGAAUGACGUUGUCUGGAGAAGCAAAUGGGCCAGCUGGACAGGAAGCUCAUUUUAAGAAUUUGUAUGCACAAUGGAACUAACUAGAUAAUUAUGUACGUGUUUUCAGUCUUUUUCUGUGUUUUUGUUAUUUUGUGUAUUUUUUCGAAAUGAAAUCUUCAAUUCGAAUGCCAAA